AGCAUUUGGGAUUUAUUAGCGCACGUUAAAUCUUGCGUUUGUCCACAUUAUUUAUUUUUAGCUACACAUUUCUGAUUAUUGCAACAACAACACAAGAUCCGUUUUAACACAAUUCACAGGCUCACUGAAAACAAUUGAGGACUACAGACAAAAAUAUAUUGUAAGACGUGGACGAAGUUGGUAUUUGUAUUAACAGCUGAGCCUGCAGUGCAAGCAGGCUAACUAACCUGAAGCGUAGCUAGCUUCUCAAAACGGCGUUAUUCACAGGAAAAUCUGAAUCUGUUCAGCAACUACAAAAAGAAAAAUGACUUCAGCCUCAACGAAGGUUGGGGAGAUCUUCUCAGCAGCAGGAGCUGCUUUCACCAAGUUAGGGGAGCUGACCAUGCAACUGCACCCCGUAGCUGACUCCAGUCCCGCAGGAGCUAAGUGGACGGACACUGAGAUUGGGCAGCUGAGAUCGGCCGUGGUGAGGUUUGGUGAUGACCUGAACUCCCUCAGCGCUGUCAUCAAGGAACGCACCGUGGUCCAGAUUAAAAGUACAGUGAAGAGGAAGCUCUAUGACGAGACUGGGAUGCCCAUUUCCACCGACUCCCCAAAAAAGACCGCCAAGAAGACUGCUGUUACCAUAGCCACCACGGCAACCCCAACUGUCAUUGCUGUGCCGACCUCACAGGUUGUCAUGAAGGCAGGUGUCCAGGGAAAUGUGACUCUGGCCAUUCCCACCAUGAAGAAACAGAAGUCUGCAGCAGAUGUGACUCUGAGUGCUCUGAAUGACUCUGACGUCAACUCUGACCUGGUAGACAUAGAGGGACUCGGAGAGGGAUCCAACUCCAAGAAACUCAACUUCGAUCAGGACAACCUGAACCUCGACUCCAGCUUCAUUAUGAACUCGUGACCUGCCGCUCCUCUCUCGUUGACCAAGAUGUUUUCAUUAGCACCCUAUUUCCUACAUAGUGCACUACUUUUGACUGGAGCCUUAUGGACCCUGGUCAAAUGUAAUCCACUAAAUAGGGAUUAGAGUGCAAUUUGAGACAUAGCCCCCGACAUCUAUGGACAACAGCCGAGAUCCUUCAGAUUUGAUUUGGCAGAUCUCUAUGGGUGCAUCUGAAAUGGCACCUUAUUCCCUGCUUUUUUUUAGCCAAGGCCUAUGAGUGGUGCAAAUUUCUCUUGCAUGAGGAAUGUGUUGGAUGUAAAUAAUGGUAUUUUUAUUUAUUCAUGAUUGAUUUGUACUACACAAAGCUAAUGUGCAGAGCUGCAUGGCCAAGGACUACAGUGUGUAGAUUUUGCCAUCUUGGUUUAUGUCAAUUAUGUGGGGUAGGUGGCCCUGCAAAUUCCCAUUUGACAAUGCUGCAACUGCAAACUGUUGUUUCCAGAAUCAUGUACUUGUGAACCCAGUGUUGAGCUCACCAGCAAAUUAAACUGGUAUUUGAAAAGCAUACUGGCUAAUAUAGAUGAACACAAUUGUAUCAAAGGACAGGAAUUAGUUUAGUGCCGUUUUCUGUUUGAAACAGUGGAUUAUCUUAUUGUUCAAAACAUGACCCAUGUAAUUUUGGGGGGAAAUAUUUCUCGGUAAGUUACUGACAAACAUUUUGUAGUUUUAUAUAGAGGCGUACUCUAAAGACAAUCAAAUGACCUGUGCGAUUUGCUGAAUUAUGUUGAAUAAAUUGACAAAUUACCAACUAGAA